AUGUCUUUUUUGGUUGGAGAUGUCGUCUUCAUGAAAGAAAACGAGACGUUUCCCUGCGACCUCAUCCUUCUUUCCACGUCUCGAGAUGACGGCACCUGCUUCGUUACGACAGCCAGUCUGGACGGAGAGAGCAGCCACAAGACACACUAUGCAGUUCAGGACACCAAAGCUUACAUCACAGAGAAGGAGGUGGACUCCAUCCAUGCGACGAUUGAAUGUGAACAACCGCAGCCGGACCUGUACAAAUUUGUGGGCCGAAUCAACAUCUACAUGGACAACGAGCCGGUUGCCAGGCCGUUAGGAGCAGAGAACCUGCUGCUGCGAGGAGCCACGCUGAAGAACACUGAGCAUAUAUAUGCGGUUGCCAUCUACACUGGGAUGGAAACCAAGAUGGCUCUAAACUACCAGACCAAGACUCAGAAACGCUCUGCGGUUGAAAAGUCGAUGAAUGCCUACCUGGUGGUGUACCUGUGCAUCCUUAUCAGCAAGGCGCUCAUCAACACGCUGCUGAAAUACGUCUGGCAGGCCGACUCCAACCGAGACGAGCCGUGGUACAACAACCGGACCGACAGUGAGAGACAGAGGCACAUCGUGAUCAGGGCGUUCACAGACUUCCUGGCGUUCAUGGUUCUGUUCAACUACAUCAUUCCCGUCUCCAUGUACGUCACGGUGGAGAUGCAGAAGUUCCUCGGCUCCUACUUCAUCAUGUGGGACGACGACAUGUUCGACGAGGAGCUCGGGGAGAGAGCUGUCGUCAACACGUCGGACCUGAACGAGGAGCUGGGACAGGUGGAGUAUGUGUUUACGGACAAGACAGGGACUCUAACAGAAAACAACAUGGAGUUCAUCGAGUGCUGUGUGGACGGUCACAUUUACGUUGCUGAUGCCAUCUGUAACGGACAGGUGAUGCCUGGUGCUACUAGUAUGGACAUGAUAGACUCAUCACCAGGUCCCGGAGCCAGGGAGCACGAGGAGCUGUUUUUCCGGGCGCUGUGUCUGUGCCACACGGUGCAGGUGAAGGAGGAGGAGACGGUGGACGGGAUCAAACACGGCAUCCAUCAGGGCAAGUCCACCUCCUUCUACAUCUCCUCUUCUCCGGACGAGGUGGCGCUGGUGGAGGGCAUGAAGAGGCUUGGUUUCACCUACCUGAGACUCAGAGACGGUCACAUGGAGAUCUUGAACAGGGAGGAUGGGAUUGAGAGGUUUGAGCUGCUGGAGGUUUUGACAUUCGACUCAGUCAGACGGAGGAUGAGCGUCAUUGUCAGAUCCAGUACUGGUGAGCUCUAUUUGUUCUGUAAAGGUGCCGACUCGUCCAUCUUCCCCAGGGUUGUCUCAGGCAAGGUGGAGGAGGUCAGAGCGCGAGUGGAGCACAACGCAGUGGAGGGUCUGAGGACACUUUGUGUUGCGUAUCGGCCUCUGAGUCCAGAGCAGUACGCGGAGGUUUACCACAUGCUGAACGGGGCCAAGUUGGCUCUUCACGACCGAGACAAACGCCUGGCCGAGGCUUACGACGCAAUCGAGAAAGACCUGAUCCUGCUGGGAGCCACUGCUGUGGAGGACAGGCUCCAGGAAAAGGCGGCGGACACCAUUGAGUCUCUGCACAAGGCGGGCAUGAAGGUGUGGGUGCUGACGGGCGAUAAGAUGGAGACGGCGGCUGCAACCUGCUACGCUAGCAAACUGUUUCACCGCAACACCCAGAUCCUGGAGCUGACCACCAAACGCACCGAGGAGCAGAGUCUGCACGACGUGCUGUUCGACCUGAGCAGGACCGUCCUGAGGCAGCACGGGGGCAUGGCCCGGGACUCCUUCUCUGGUUUAUCAGAUGACUGCACUGACUUUGGUCUGAUCAUCGAUGGAGCCACCCUCUCUGCGGUGAUGAGGCCGGCCCAGGAGGACUCCAACUCAGGGAACUACAAAGAGAUCUUCUUAGAAAUCAGCCGCAACUGCAGCGCCGUGCUCUGCUGUCGGAUGGCACCUCUGCAGAAAGCACAGAUUGUGAAGCUGAUCAAAGCCUCUGAAGAGCAUCCAAUCACGCUGGCCAUUGGAGACGGAGCUAACGAUGUCAGCAUGAUCCUCGAGGCCCAUGUUGGCAUCGGGAUCAUGGGUAAGGAGGGUCGCCAGGCGGUGAGGAACAGCGACUACGCCAUCCCAAAGUUCAAACACCUCAAGAAGACUCUCGUCCACGGACAUUAUUACUACAUCCGCAUAUCAGAGCUGGUGCAAUACUUCUUCUACAAGAAUGUCUGUUUCAUUUUCCCUCAGUUCCUCUAUCAGUUCUUCUGUGGCUUCUCACAACAGCCGCUGUUUGACACAGCCUACUUGACUCUGUACAACAUCAGCUUCACCUCGCUGCCCAUCCUGCUCUACAGCCUCAUCGAGCAGCACAUCAACGUGGACAUCCUGAAGAAGGACCCCUCGCUAUACAGGUACAACUCCCCCAUCCCUCCAUAUCCUGAGAACUGCAAGCACACAAACCCUCCAGAGGGUGGUGGGAAUGGCUCGGGUGGUGCUUCACCAAUCAACAAGGACCUGGACAUCUUUGGACCAAUGGUGUCCAACCCUCUCCCCUCCAACAACACGCAGAAGUUGGCUCUGGAUACUCAUUACUGGACGUGGAUCAACCAUUUUGUCAUCUGGGGCUCGCUGGUCUUCUUUGUGGUCUUCUCUCUGCUGUGGGGAGGAAUCAUCUGGCCCUUCAUGAACUACCAGAGGAUGUACUAUGUGUUCAUGCAGAUGUUGUCCAGCGGUCCGGCCUGGCUCAGUAUAAUCCUCCUGAUAACGGCCAGCCUGCUGCCAGAUGUGCUGAAGAAGGUGAUCUGCCGGGCGCUGUGGCCGACCACCACCGAAUGCAUACAGAGCGCUGACAAACUCUACGAGGGCCACCUGUCAGAGUUCACCCCCCUGGCGUCUCUCCACGCUCCGUCCAAGGCAGGCGGCCACCGGCGAGGCUCGGGCAACCAGGGGAACCCUCGAAGGUCUGAACCCUUUAGAAAGAAAACCAUGUUCACACGCUGGCAGAAACAGCCAGACUACAGCACCUUCACCCCUCUACUCCGAUUCGCCGAUGGCCACUCGAAGCACUCCUACAGCGGGGGGGCGGGGCCAGAGACCUCAGUCUAAUUUAUUUGCGUCUCACUAUUCUUAUUCUCUCAUAUCAGAUACAAUUGCAUCUAUUUGUGGAACUGAACAAAGGAGUAGUUUAAUAAAUCGGUCCACUGGAGUUACCCAAAAGUAACUUAUUUAUGUGACUGGAGUCAAAUACCUGGCUGUGAUGCUAACCGCAGGUAUCUGUAGUCCAUCUGUAAGGGAUUACAAUGAAAGUGACCUUCACAAAUGCUCAGCCAAGUAUGCAGCAAAGCAUUAUGGGACGGCCCCUAAAGGACUCGCUUGCCGCCACAUUUUGCAAAGGGCUCAGUCAGCGUAUCGAUGUCACAACACACACAUUCUUACGUCACUGGAAAUAUGUGCACUGGCCCUUUAAGUCUGCCUGCCUUUGCUAGCUGGGAGCUGAAGUGUACUUCGCUUAAAGGAUUUAUAUGACUUUUUAAAAAUAAUUGAGAUUGUGCUGCUGCUGAAGCCGGCUUGAGCUUUCUCUGACCAAACCUUUUCUUUUUCUUCACUCCCACCAUCUCUGCCUCUUUUCAGGACUAACUGGUGUUGCCUGUGUGCAAACAUGUUAUCCCGAAACACUCCCUAGGCCUCUCUACAACAUUGUAAGAAAGAGUGUAGUGGAGCGGUAAAGCCCAAGUGUUGGAUAUAUGGAUCUGAGUGUGUCUUAUUUGUCUAAUUCAUCCUUAUUUUUGGAAAUAAGACCUACUUUAGCUGCACAUCCAACACAUGAGCUUUCACCUGUAGGUAGACUAGAUGCAUUUGUGGAUCAGGUGUGUGUGUGUACUGAUAGCUAGCAGUGUUUUAGUGUGUGUUGCAUUAAUCUUGCAGAAUCCCCUAUUGUCUUUAAAGCACUUUACCUGUAGACCUUCUUCAUGUACGUAUUACGCUAUAUACAGAGACUGAUCUAAGUUGUUCUAAUGGCUUAGGAAAUAGUAGAAAUGGCUAUACUGUAUGUUAGCUUCCCCCGCUGCUUUAAAUGCCUUAAUGUCACUUUGUAAAUACCACAUGACCUUUUACCAAAGACGAUAUCCUUUAGAAGCACAUUUGGGGUCCAUGUCAGUGGUCAUGAUUUGAGAGCUAUUUAACUUGUGUUAAAGCACCUUUUAAAAAGGAUCAAAUGUUCGUGUCCUUGUUGAGAUAAUCACAACACGAAAAAAGGAUUCUAUCAAGUGCCCUAAAAUACUUGAUGCCUUAAAUUGAAAUGCAGUUUUUCUGAGAUUCGCUGAUUUGCCAGCCAGCCAUUUGUUGAUAGGAGACGGUAAGCUAAGCUCAGCAUAAAGCCUGGAAACAACUCUGUUUAAAGUGAGACAUCAGACCUAUUCGUAAGUAUUUUCAGCUUACAGCAUCAAAUAGCUCAGUGUUGAUGCUCCUAAAGGCCUUAUGAUAAAGUCUAAUAUCUAUCUUAAAAAAGGCCUUUUCAGAUCUGUCUCACACUUUCCUGCUUCAACAUGUAUCCCCUCUCUUAGCUGUCUCUCUUCCAGUCUUUCUCAUUCUCCCUGAGGUGAAGUGACGCUGAAGUGGAAGUUUUCCUACCUCUGCGAGCGCCGCCUCCACCCGUCUGAUCAUCAUCAUCAUCCUCUCCACCAUCCGUCCAUGCAUCUAUCAAUGUGAGACAGUGUAGAAAUCAUGCUUUCUUUAUUGGACUAAUACGAACCAAAGCCUUGUCGCUGCUCGAGAUACCUUUAGCUGCUUUACUGUAGGUGCCUUGUGGUAGUUUCUCUGUCUCUGCUGAACUGUCUUAGCUGGCAUUAAGGUUCAUUUAGGAUUCAUAACAAGCGAUCAGGCGUACACAAUCACCGCUGAUGAUAGGUGUGUGGAUGCAUGACUGCGAGAAUGGAUAAGUGAGGGAAAAAGGUGAAUGUAAACACAGAUUUACACAGGUUACACUGUCCAAUAAGACUUAUUCAGAACAAACGCAGCACUGAAGUAACACAAGAGAUACAUGGUGAAUGUUCAGUACUUCUUGCACCAAAAUAUCAGUUUUUUAUGGUUUUUAUUCCAAAUGUUUUAUACAUAUCCAGGAGGGCACCUGUCUCUGAGAGGUUCUUUUUGUUGUUUUCUAUUAUGUGUAAUGUUUAAAAUUCCCCUGUACCUCGUUAAAAGUGGUGGUCACACACUGGAAAGAUAUUAAUGUUACAAACUGGGAUUUGGUCGACAUGUUUCAUUUCAAUUUAGCCUCUCUACAAAAAUAGAUAUUUAUGUAAAACGGUAAAUCAAAUGGUUUAUUUCACUGUCGGAUUAUUUGAUAAAUGUGACCUAAUUUGCAUAUCUAAUUUGUCCCUUUAACCAAAUACAAAAGCACACACGUAAUAUAUUCAGGUACUUCCUGUAUCUCCAAUAGUUGUUAAAAACUGUUGAAUCCAAAUGAAUGAAUUAC